AUGUAAUUAGACUUAUAUAAAGAAAGACAAUAAUAAAAUGAAAAUUCAUACCAAGUUAAAGCUGUAGAAGCUUUCACAUAAUUAGUACAAUAUAUGAAUGAAUUAACUGACAUUGUGAAUUAAAUCAAAUUAAAAAAUGAAGCUGAGUUUAUUAUUGCUUAUCAAAGUCAUAUGAAAAAAAUAAAAGAAGAAUUAAAAGAAUUACGAUAUAAAAUAUAAGAACAAUAAAAUAUUCAUUAGAAUAAAGGAAAAAUAAUGAAUAACGAUAAUGAGUUAGUAAUCAAGAUUAUUUAUUAAAGGUUUAUUUUAGAGAAGAAUGUCUAAAGUUAUACUAAAAAGUUGAAUUGAAAAAUAAAGAAAACUAUACAUUAAAAUUUAAACUAACAGAACUACAAAAAACUAAUGAUUUCUUAGAAUAAUAAAUUAAAUCACUAAUGAAAAAGGUUAAAUUGUAAGAAAUUGAUAAAGAAUAAUCUAAAAUUGUAUAAUUAGAUUAAACAUUUUGCACAAUUACUCCAGCUAAUUAACAAAGUAUUACUAUAUUUUAUUUUAAUUAAAGAAUCUAAUAGAAGAAGAUUAACUGAUUAUUUACCAAAAGUAGAAAUAAAUUCAUCUUUAUCUAAACAUCAUUAUUCUUCUAUCAAGGAAAUGUUUCCAACUGAUGAGUUGAAUAAAGAAAAUUUUAAAUAUGAUGAAAUUAUAGAAAAAAUCACAAAGUAUUUAUAACUUUCAUAUUUUUACUAGAUAUGUUACAAUUAUUGAAUAAAGAUAUUAAAAUUAAAAUAAGAUUUUAAAUGAAAAAGUUUAGAAACUUAUGAUAUUUUAAAAUAAGAAAAGCAUUAUUCGAAGUGAUUUAGAAUAUUUUUUUUUAGAAUGUGUAGAUACUGUUAGAAGAGAAAUUUAAAAAAAAAAACUUUUAGGAAGUUAGUAAUAAUAAUAAUCUUAUUUGGAUUCAAUUUAAGAUUUUUAAUAGUUCUAUAAAGAAGAUAAAAUAAAAAUUUUAGAAUUAGUAGUGAGUAAUGAAAAGUUAUUAGUCUUUAUUUAUUAGAAAUUAUUUCCAAAUCAUGUGAAUUUAGUAUUAUAAUCCAUUAAAGAAGAUGCAUAACUCAAAAACAUCAUAAAUUAGGAUAUUAAAAAUUCCAUUCCAAAUAAUAACAAUGAAGAUAGUAUAAAUAUUAACAGUCUAAUAACUGAUUAUAAAGUUGAAGUUCCUAAAUCUACAAGAGAAGUUAGAUCAGUUUCUCUAAAUAAAUAGAUAGAAGUUAGAAGAGGGAAAUUAUUGCUCAAAUAAUAUUGA